AUGUGAAUGAUGCUCCGACGGUUAUAUUCCCACCAAAAUCCUCUUGGCCAGCGACAUUACCUUCCAUUCGGACUCUUAAAUCCGUCCCCCCAUCUUCCUAACUCCUCACAACUGAUCAGGACGUCAGCCAAGUUUAGGGCAGAGCAAAACCCAACUGAAAGUUCAAGCCUAUUUGAAAGUGGCAGCUUCAUACCCGCUUCGAUUUCCUACUCAAAGCUGUUAUCGAGGUGUUGCCAAACCAAGGAUCUUAGCCCAGGCCUACAAAUUCAUGCGCGGUUAACAAAAACUGGGUUAUCCGGAGUUUCGAAGUUUCGGAACCAUCUGGUUAAUUUGUAUUCCAAGUGUAGGAGUUUUGGGGAUGCCCGUGAACUGAUCGACGAAAGUCUUGAACCAGAUUUGGUGGGUUGGUCUGCUUUGAUAUCUGGGUAUGCUCAGAAUGGCCUUGGUGAGGAGGCCGUUUUGGCUUUCCAAGAAAUGCACUUGUUGGGUGUUAAGUGCAAUGAAUUCACUUUCCCGAGUGUGCUUAAGGCGUGCUCCAUUGUGAAGGAUUUGACGCUAGGGAAACAAAUUCAUGGGAUUGUGGUGGUUACUGGGUUCGAGUCAGAUGUUUUUGUGGCGAAUACUUUGCUUGUUAUGUAUGCAAAAGGUGGUGAUUUUGUUGACUCCAGAAGGUUGUUUGGUGAUAUUCCUGAAAAAAAUAUUGUUUCUUGGAACGCAAUGUUUUCCUGUUACGUUCAAAGGGAUUAUUUUGAGGAAGCACUGGGGUUGUUCCAAGAAAUGGUCUUUAGUGGAACAAGCCCAGAUGAGUAUGGUUUGUCGAGUAUGUUGAACGCAUGCACAGGGUUGGGGGAUAUCAAUCAAGGGAAAAGAACUCACGGGCAUCUGAUAAAGCUCGGUUAUGAUUCCGAUCCAUUCUCAGCGAAUGCACUUGUUGACAUGUAUGCAAAAGCCGGAGAUCUUCAAGAUGCAACAGCAGUUUUUGAAGAAAUUGCAGAACCUGAUAUUGUUUCUUGGAAUGCUGUCAUCGCUGGUUGUGUUCUUCAUGAAUACCAUGAUUGGGCUUUAGAGUUGUUGAGGCAGAUGAAAAUGUCAGGAACCUGCCCAAAUAUGUUCACUUUAUCGAGUGCUCUUAAAGCCUGUGCUGGGCUGGGACUCCAAAAGUUUGGCGGGCAGAUACAUUCUGUUUUGGUAAAGAUGGAUGUAAGGUUGGAUCCAUUUGUGAGUGUCAGUCUCGUUGACAUGUAUUGCAAGUCUGAUAUGUUGGAGGAAGCAAGGAUGGUUUAUAAUAUGAUGCAGGAUGAGGACUUGAUUGCACUCAAUGCUAUGAUAUCUGGAUACUCGAAGAACACGAAAGAUGCAGAAGCUCUUGAUCUUUUUUCUGAGAGGUUCAAGGAUGGCAUGGGAUUUGACCAGACAACUUUAUUCACAAUCCUGAACUCCAUAGCUAGCUUGCAGGCUACCAACAUUUGCCAGCAAGUUCAUGCACUUUCUGUUAAAUCAGGAUUUCAACAUGAUGUUUAUGUUGUUAACAGCCUCAUUGAUGCAUAUGGAAAAAGUAGCAAUACAGAGGAGGCGGCAAAAGUUUUUGAAGAAUGCCCUUUUGCAGAUUUAGCGUCUUUUACUUCUAUGAUUACAGCUUAUUCCCAAUAUGGACAGGGAGAAGAAGCUUUAAAGUUGUACCUGAAGAUGCAAGCAAUGGAUCUUAAGCCAGAUCCAUUCGUGUGUAGCUCUCUCCUGAAUGCUUGUGCAAAUCUGUCUGCUUAUGAACAAGGGAAACAGAUACACGUUCACAUUUUGAAGUUUGGGUUUAUGUCCGAUGUUUUUGCAGGAAAUUCUCUCGUUAACAUGUAUUCUAAAUGCGGCAGUAUAGAUGAUGCCAGUAGUGCUUUCUCAGCUAUACCUCAGAGGAGUACUGUCUCAUGGUCUGCGAUGAUUGGGGGACUUGCUCAACAUGGACAUGGAAAAGAAGCCCUAAACUUAUUUGGGGAGAUGCUUAAAAAUGGCACCACGCCCAAUCAUGUAACUUUAGUAAGUGUUCUUUGUGCUUGCAAUCACGCUGGAUUGGUAACUGAAGCAAAACACCAUUUUGAAUCAAUGAAACGGUUAUACUUCAUUGAGCCAAUGCAAGAGCAUUAUGCUUGCAUGAUUGAUAUCCUUGGCCGAGCAGGGAAACUGGAUGAGGCAAUGGAUCUUGUAAAUAAGAUGCCAUUUGAAGCCAAUGGUUCUGUUUGGGGGGGCCUUCUUGGAGCAGCAAGAAUUCACAAGAAUGUUGAGCUCGGGCAGCGUGCUGCUGAGAUGCUCUUCACUCUUGAACCCGAGAAAUCAGGUACACAUGUUCUUCUUGCCAACAUUUAUGCAUCAGCUGGCAUGUGGGAAAGUGUGGCGAAGGUGAGAAGAGUAAUGAAAGAGAGCAAAGUGAAGAAGGAACCAGGGAUGAGUUGGAUUGAGGUGAAAGACAAAGUGUACACAUUUAUAGUGGGAGAUAGAAGCCAUUCUAGAAGUGAAGAGAUAUAUGCAAAGCUUGAUGAGCUGAUGGAACUGCUGAACAAAGCUGGUUAUGUUCCUAUAGUGGAGAUUGACCUCCAUGAUGUUGAAAGAAGUGAGAAGGAGCUUCUUCUCUCCUACCACAGUGAGAAACUUGCAGUGGCUUUCGGACUGAUUGCAACUCCACCCGGGGCUCCCAUUAGGGUCAAGAAGAACCUUCGAGUCUGUGUGGACUGCCACACUGCAUUCAAGUUCAUAUGUAAAAUUGUUUCCAGGGAGAUAAUCAUCAGAGACAUCAAUCGGUUCCACCAUUUCAGAGAUGGGUCAUGUUCUUGUGGGGAUUACUGGUAGUACACUAGUUGACAUAUAUACUCCCCAAUUUUUUUUUUUUUAAAUUCCUCGAUCCUAUUCAUCCUAUUUGGUACAACAACUGAGAGUUUCUUCUGUUUAUAAAAUAUUUGAGAGAAGAAUUUUGCUUUGCAAAUUGCUAUCUCAGGUGUGAAAUGUAUUUGUUAAAUAACGGCUGCUCACAUGUCAAUCUCCAUUAUAGGAUCUGAAAUUAUUAGAGAAAAGAGAAGCCGUCAUCAGUUGAAACCUUGAAUCCAAUAUAUACAUACAUGUGAAUUUGCUUUGUAAAUGAUCUACACAUGUACAGCGCAAAUGAAAAUAGAAUUUGUUCCUUCCAGCAACCAACCAGAGGCAUUUGUUUCCUCCAGCGCGCCCCCCCCCCCCCCCCCCC